AUGAGACUCGUCGAAGACGCCUAUGGGAGCCUGGAGACGGUUGCGCUGUCGGUGGCCGGCGGGCAGCACAGCGAGCUUGAUAGUCUGCGCGGGCGUGCCGAGGAGACCCUUGACCUCAUGGACGUGGCGGCGGAUUCUCUGAUCACGUAUUACGAAGGAGGCAAUGUGACAUGUCCGAAGCACAACUUGACGUCCGAGGAGUUUCAAGAUCUGAUGCUGGAGGCAUCCGAGAUCUGUGUUUUAACGAACCAGGCGUUCAGCCUGUUCGUUCGCGGAGAUUUCACGGACUCCUUGGAGGAGAAGCUCGCAGACGUCACGAAGUCCUUUCAGAAGCUCAUGCUGGGCUACCUACACCCUCAUCUGCCUGCACCCCCCAGCCAGACGUGCUACAACUUUGCCAUCCAAGUGGAAAGCGCCGUCAACGACUUUCGGGACGUCAUGGAUUCCAUUGAGCCUUCUAGCACGGUGGCCGCCAACAAGGCCACCGCUGGCGUGUGCGAGGCGGCCCGGGCAUUGGCUGGCAGGUAUGCAGACGAGGCUGAGGCAGCCUACCCGGAAUGGCCGAGAGCAAGGGUGGAGCUCUUGAACUGGCAGAGGGCCUUGGCAGCACAAACAUUGGCCGCGGCCGCGGCGGAGUCAGGGGGUGGCUUGGCACAGGCCACUGAGGAGUUUGAAGGCGUGCAUCUUGUCCUCCAUGAUGGCAGUCAGGACGGCGCCGUGUCGGAAAUCAUUCCGGAGCGAGACGACCUGAAGCGGCACUGGAAGCAGAUCGACGCGGCUUGGGGUAUCUUCAAGACGGAGACGCAGGGCCAAAACAGCGAAGCAAUGCUCCAAACUUUGACCGACCUGGAGACAGAGUUACUCUUGGCACUUCCUGCGUUCGGGAUCGUCGAUAACCCCACUCCUCCCAAUUCACCCUGGGUUUUUGUGGCGACGUACUCCGCAAUGACCACAAUGCUGUGCCUUUGUGGUUUUACAGGGUGCUGCGUGUUCUACAGGGCCCGUCGAAAGAAAGUAGACCUUCAGCCAUCCGUUGCAAGCCAAGCUUGA